AUGUUGAAUGUCGGACGACGAUUGGUUUUCGGUGGUGGGACAGCAGCACUCGCAGCAGCAAUCGGGGUGACCGCAACGACGAAUACAAAAACAUCAUCGUCAGAGUACUUUAACUACGAAAACGCGAAGCGUACGACGACGUUUUGGUACCACGCGUUGCCGGCGUAUUUGAGUUACCGGUACGUGCAACGGAGGAACGAAUUGUUCCAUCGGUUUCAUCAAAAACAAAAUCGUCCCGGGGACGAAGACGACGACGUGAUGUCCUCUUCUUUCCCUCUUUCGACGAUGUUCUCCUCCUUCUUUCUCCUCUCGGACACCGACGCGAACGCAGAGUACGAGAAAUUACAUAACUAUUUCAGCCCAAUAAUUGAGAAACAAGUCUGGGAACAGAGAGGAUUUUACAUCAAACACGCGCAGUUCUUAAGCACGAGAGAUGACUUCGUCCCGGAGAAAUAUCUCGAGUGGUGCAAGAAAGUGCAAGAUCAAGCGCCGACGAAGUUGGAGAAAGGUGAGGCGCUGAAAAUAGCGGAAGAAAGCUUACGAGGGACGAAGUAUGAAAACGCGAUCGAGUAUUGGGAGGAAACGCCGAUUGGCGUGGCAUCGAUUGGAGCGGUGCAUCGAUGUCGCUUGCGAGGCGAAUCGAAAACGUGCGUGGUCAAAGUGCAAGCGCCGGAGGUGGAGAAUCGGUUUAGGAACGACGUGGACACGAUGAUUUUCUUUUUGAGACUGUUUCAACCGCAACACGUGCCGCCGUUGAAGGAAGUGCAGAGGAACUUUUUGAACGAGUUUGAUUAUCGAAUCGAGGCGGAGAAUUUGCGAGAGAUGAAACGGUUGAUCGAGGACGGGAAGUUUUCAGAUCGGGUGAAAAUACCAGAACCAAAAGUGGAGAUGUGUUCAAAGAACGCGUUGUUUAUGGAAGAGAUCGAAGGAGUGCCGUUGGUGAGAGGUGUGAAGGAGUCGUACGAGAGAUUUUUGAAGGCGACUGGGAAGAGCGCGGACGCGAACGCGAUGCGUCAUUCGGCGAAUGCGUUGUUAGCCGACGAGGCAAAAAACGAAACGAAUUUUAAAGACGUGGAAGAAACCGCGCGAGCGACGAGGAAGGCGAACGCGAUGAUUCGAGCGAAAUUUCUUCUCAUCGAUGAACCAAUUCGGUUGGCGUAUAAUCUCUCACCGUUACGUCUCGUGUUUGGGAAGUCAGAAAAGAAACCGUCCGCGACGCUUGUCAAUCUCGGAGACGUGUUGCGAACCAUGUUGGACGUUCAUGCGCACGAAAUUUUUGAGUGCGGCACGUUCAACGGCGACCCGCAUCCGGGAAACAUUCUUUUAAUGCCCGAUGGAAGACUCGGUCUCAUUGACUACGGUCAAACCGUGCGCAUCGACGAAUGCGCCCGACGCGCGUAUGCCAAACUCGUCUUGGCGUUACUGCAUGAAGAUAAAGAAGAAGUAGCGAGGCUGGUCUGGUCCUCGCCGCCGGACGGGUUCGGAGGAAAGACGAAGAAGAGAGACGUCGAUACGGCGUACAAAUUAGCAACCUUUUGGAACGAUCGAGACACGCCAGAUAUCACCGAAGGCUUAAAUUUGCAAGAAUUUAUCGACGAGAUGGAGCGAAGGGAUCCAAUGAUUGACACGCCGAGGCAAAUGGUCAUGAUCUCCAGAGUGUCUGUUUUAUUGAGAGGUAUGGGAAACGCGUUCGAUAUGCGAUUGCGAGUUUCCGAAGCUUGGAGGAAACACGCGAGAGCGUUGUUAAAGAAGACCGAUCCGGAGUAUUAUUUAUUGAAAAAGGAAGAGGCGGAGGAAGAGAAGAAGUAG